AUCCUGUUUCUGAAUCUGAUGUUUUUAUGCAAGGGUUCAGUGCAGGAUGGCCGGGUCAGGAGUUGCUCUGAGGUUACACGAAUUUAAGGAAAGUCAGGACACCAAAACCCAUCCAACACACAUUGCUCACCGGCAGGGCCGAGAUGUUUUAGGACUGUAUCCCGGUCAGAUCGCAAGAGUGCAUGCUGUCAGCUCACAUCUGGACAGGUUGACCCAGAAGACUCCAGACAUGCAACAUUAUGAAUCCAGAGCAGUUAAGAAAUAUCAGAGAAGAAACUUUGAUCUGUUGACCCUUCAGGCCUCGCUUCAGUCCCAUCACAGAGAAACACACACACCAAAGGGACAGUCUAUAGACGCUGAUUUCCAGAAGUUCACACUGAGUUCACAUCCAGAGCCGCUGGAGCAGCAGCAGGGAUGAGAUGAAGCGCCGAUCAAAAUGACAAUCAAAAACAUUCUUCUGGUGAAAAGUAAUCACGCAAUGACACAGAAUCCAGGGCAGUCAUGUAAAAGAUGCAUUUGAGAUAAUUUUCCACUGGCACACAACCAAGAACUGAAAGCUGCACAUACUUCAUGCACUUAAUGAUUCGUUUUAAAAGCAGUUAAAUGUCAGUGCGUUUCACAUGAAUUGCUUUGUAAAGAUUUGUGUGAUUACGUUCAGCUGACUGAUCUGUGCAGUUGUGUUGGUUUAGAUUGACCUCAAAGUUCAACAUACUUGGGCUAUAUGCAGUAGCCAUGUAAAUAUUUAAAUAUCCCAAUGCAAUUCAUUAGAUGUUUAAACAAGGGAGCAGUGAUCUCCACAAGGCCGUAGUGUAAGCGACAUAUUUAAUCAUAUUUAACCAUUAGAUAUCAGCUAAUCACAGCCGUGAGAGACUGAUGUUGUCAUGUUUGCUGAGUCAUGCUGACAUUCAUCUUGUGUUCAAAAUAGCUCCAACUCAUCUUCACUUCCUGCAAACCGAUGCCUCGCUUUAGAGACGCAGAACAAUUGAAGUUUUCUUUGUCAGACAGUGUCUCUGAUAUCCAAUACUUGCGUCACAACACAUGAUCAUGUUCCUCGUCUGAUUGUUUGUUCUGUUCUCUCUCCGGAGAGUUCAUGGUGCAAUAAGUGUGUGUUUGUGUGAUACUGAACCUGAAUAAAUAGAGGUGUAUUUAACAAUCCAGCAAUAACAGAUCCAACUCAACGUUAAAGAUUGUGGACACUGAAGGCACACAACACAAGCGCCGUUUUCAAGAAAAACAAAAAAGGUGUCUAAAAUAGGUUUAAGCUUCUUCACAUCUAUUUAAGUAAAGUUUUUUUAAUGUUUUUAGUUUUUGUUAACUAUAAAAAACACAAAGUUAACUAAAAAAUAAACUGAAAAAACAAUUCAUAAACUUUAUACAAAAGUUUUUAUUUCAGCUAAUUGCAAAAGCUAAAUUUCUCAUAUUUUUAGCUUAACUUGUUGCAGUAAAAAAUUAUAGUAAAAAUAGAUUAAUAAAAACUAGAUAGACCAUACUAAAAAUGACAGAAACACAGCAAAAAAUAAUAAAAGUUUACAUUAAAUGAAAAUGAAAAUGUACAAACAUGACUAAAAACUAAAAUAUCUGCAUUAUAUUUUUAAUUUAAAAAAGAAAAUAAUAAAGCAUGUAAUGUGCUUGUAGUUUUUCAGGCUUGGUCUAAAGAUUAGAGAGACACUAAGAGGGCCUCAAGUAUCACUUUUAGUGUCUUAGCAAUAAAAAAUAACAAACACUAAACUUUGUGGGACAUGUUCUUAUGUCAAUAUGAUGACCUCAAGCUGGUUAAAAAUGAGAAAGUGGAAAGUGACUUGUAAAGCAAUGAAGUAAAGUGUCUAAUUACAUUUCUAAGCCACUAUGUGUACAGGCUUUAAAAUACUUUUAAAUGCAAUAAUACUUUUCUGGGUAUCAUAUUUGAAGGAAUAUGCAUUUUGCAGAAGUGAACAAAGAUUGAAAGCCUUAUCGUGGAAAUGCAUCAUAGUAUCGUUUAGUUGAAUAGUGUGACUCUGUCAAGAUAAAGCAUUUCUGUAACAAACAAUAUACGUCUGUUUAGUUAUUAAUUACUGCCGAAACUGUUUGGCAGUACAGCUGAAAUUACAUAACAGGAAUCCAACCACAGGUGUGUAAUAAUAGUCCACCCACUAAACAUGCAACACACAGUCUGGACUUUCCCUGUUCAUCAGUACUCAUUUUAAUGAAUAUAUAAAACAAUUAUUCAGUGUCUUUCUGACACUAUAAUUAAGGAUGUAUAAUCAUAAAAAGUAUUUUUUUAUUAUCACAUGGUUAUAGUCUUUUACGCUUCAUAUUUAUCAGUGUUUUCACUAUCAGACAAAAUUUUGGAACAAUUUAUAUAUAUAUUUUUAAGUCUCUUUUGCUCACCAAGGUUACAUUUACAGUAUUUUACUGUGAAAUGGUAAUUGUGAAAUAAUGACAUACAGAAUUUCUUUGAAAUAAAAAUAUUUUGUAACAUAAA